AUGGCAAGCGAACACCCCGAAGGAGAUAUGAGUGAAAUAUCUAGCCUUACGGAUUCCAGCGACGAAGGUAAAAAGGUAGUCGAAGAGGUCGUUGAAGCGGUAGAAGAGAUUGAUAAGCCUGCUUACUCGGAUGAGGAUCUCGAGACGUUGGUUGGGUUCAUUCGUGGCAUGAUCAUUCUGUUCGACUAUGAAGAUGAAGAUUUCAACGAAGAAGUGGCCGAAACGAUCAAGCUGUGGCUGACGGACGCCAACAAUCCAAUGCUGUUUAUUUUCUACGAUGGCAACAGGCUUUCGGCGUCGUUGGCAUUCCCAUUGUGCCCCAUCAACGAUCUGAUGUACUUCAUGCGCGAACAGGACCAGCUGUACAACGUGAUCGAGCAGUUUCACGAUGACAUCCUGUUUGGAACGUUGCAUGGCGACAUCGAAGGAUCCCUGCUCGUACAGCUGGAGCAAGUGUAUGGGCCGAUGAUACUGUCGAAUUUGGAUUGGUCGGAAAAUGUAAAAGCGAACGUCAUCAAUGGUUUCAAUGCAUUCAUGACCUACCUAACCGAGCUGCACUACAAGCUGUCUGGUUUAACGUUGCUGUACAUUCCCCGCGAAGGAAGCGAUAUGGAGGUGCAGGAAGUGGUGCUCAAUCGGUCGAUGAUCAAGCGUCUAGAAGCAGUAGUCAUUGACUGGACGGGGCAGAUCCGUGCGACCCUUAGCGAUACUCAACAUUUUGUUCCGGACGACCUGGUAUGCCCUGCGGAUGAGUACAGCUUUUGGCUUUAUCGACAUGAGGUGCUUUCGGCAAUUCGAUUGCAGUACAAAGGUCCCAACGUGCAACAUAUCGUGUGCAUACUCGAAUUGGCACAAUCGCUCUAUAUCAAGCACCUAAAAGACGUUUUGGAGGAUCUAGAUAAAGAGAUUGAAAUCGCAGAGUCGAAUAUUCCCUUCUUGAAGCUGCUGGUUGAUCCGUGCUUCGCCAUUGGGACGCUAGAAACGGCCGAUGACUUUUGUUCGCAACUCAUUUAUGUUAUGCACAUCAUACGCUUCAUCGGGCAGGACUCACAGUAUCUUAACAAGGACGAGAGCAUUACAAAGAUGUUCCUGUAUCUUAGCAACGAGAUCGUGGCCUGUUGUAUGCGAGGCAUCGAUGUAGAUCGUAUUUUAGCUGGUGCGCCACGCUAUGGGAUUGAGGUGUGCCAGAUGAAAAUCAAUUGCUGUGAAUCAUAUAAAAUUAUUUAUGAAGAGAUGUUGGCGUACUUUAAAGAUGAAUUCAAAUGGAACUUGGAUUAUGCGGCGAUCUUCAACCGAAUCAAUGCGUUUCUGCAGCGAUUGAAUGAUAUACUAGAAAUCUGCGAUGCAAUGCUGGUUUUCGGUCGGUACGCAGAAAGUACAGCUUACACAAAUUAUCGAUUCUUCUGUAACAACGCGGAAGAGUUCGAGCGCCGAUGCGAGCAAGUGGAGAAGAUUUUCCACAAUUCCCUAGAGACGAUUGAAUCAGUCGGUAGCACGAUCCUAGACAUAAACAAUAAGGAGUGGUAUCAGUACAUCGGUGAAUUUCGGGAAAUGCUCAAAAGCCUGGACGACAUCAUCGAGAAUCUUCUAUCGAACGUUUUUCUAAUGUCAGAAAAUUUGGAAGAAAAAUUGAACGUACUCGUAACGUUGCUGAACUUCUACAACCGAGAAAACAUACGAGAGAGCUUUAUGCGAAAAAUAGGAGAGGUGUGGAAUAUGCUGCGCGACGAGAUUACACAGCUGUCGAAGGAUGUGUCCGCGGGUAUCACUGAGUAUCCAGCCUUGUUGCCACCUCAUGCAGGACGUUACGCUGUGCUGAAGAUGCGAUUCGAUCACCUGACGCACCUACGCACGCUUGUCGUGAACUGUAGGUUUUUCCCGGAGUAUCCACAACAGGAGGAGGUGUUGGCGUUGUACGAAGCCUGUGAGAAACAGGUGAAAACGGCAUUGAAAGGUUUUCACGAGUCUUGGUGCAAAUCGAUUACAACCGACAUGGCAUCCUGGUAUCAGCGGAAUUUAAUCUCUCGUAGCCAUCUCCGACCCGGGUUGUUCGAAGUGAACAUUGAGCGGCGGUUACUAGAUCUAUUCGAUGAGGCAUUCUACUUCAAGUCACUCGGUGUCGCCGUGCCCAUGAGCUUGGACCUAGAGAAACACGAAAACACACGGUUGACGUUCGACAACGUGCUUCGACUGGUGCUGUAUUUUAACGGAGUCAUUUCUUCGAUUUCCGACAAAGAAAGGUUGUUUUUCAAACCAAUGAUUCAACAAACGGAGCGAAAAUUAGAGCCUCUGCGAAGUAAGCUGACCUGGGAGGAGGACUUGAGCGAGUUUAUCGAGGGCUACGUAGUGAAUGUGCGUGAACUGUUGGACCUGAUAGAGCUGUACAAACGGGAAAACCUUAAGAUAUCCGCUCUGGUGGAGCGUAUUUAUGGACUGAUAUUCGUACGAUUGGAGCAACCACAUCCAAUCAACAUGUCACAGUUGAUGAACAGUGUGACCCAGCAAAAGAAGAGUAUCUUUUCGGAGCUACUCCAAUUGUUAACCGAAAUUAGCCAAAACAUUUUUAACGUGUAUGACAGCCUUGGCUCGAACAUCCGGAAGAUGAGUACGAUUUGGGAGCAGUAUUUGCAUAAAAUCGACAGGCUUCUCAAGGCAGCCAUAUUCACCUGCACGCUCAACACACUUCGUGGUGUUCAAGGCGUAAUUGAGAACGCGCAUUCCAGUCCAAUUAUGAUGAUAGAGAUUCUGCUGAAAAAAGAUGGUGCCGUUUAUGAACCUUCAGCGGACGUGGUGGAGGAAACGUUGCGCCAGUUGGUCCGGGAAGUUUGCCUCACGAUCCGAUCCGUACCAAGCAUGGCUCGCCGGUACCAGCUGGAGGGUGGUGAACGCAGCUUUUAUCUCCAGUUGCUUGAGCAUUCUGAUUAUGUGAACAUCUCCAACGAUAUUGAUGGCAUGAUAAAUGACACGGUAGCGCAGCUGCGUACUUAUCAAGAAAAAUGGAACGUUUUUCGACCAUUUUGGUGCGUCGAUAAAGCGGCGUUCAUUGAGCGGUUUAAACUGACGGCCAUGACUUCGGAAGCAUUUCAGAAAAACAUUGAGAAAUUUGAAGAGCUACAAAAUCAACUAUCUACUCAGGGUGAUUUCGCAGUAUGCCGAUGCGUGGAAAUAGACGCGCUGAAACUAAAAUACGCCAUCACUACUCACAUUGUGGAGUGGCAGACCAAUUAUAUUGAGUAUCUGAAGUGCAUUGCUUAUGGCAAAAUUAUCGAUUUUAACAAUAUUUUGAAGAAAAAUGUAGCAGAGCUGCUUCUCGAACCGACGGAGGUGUACGAGCUAAAACGGCUAGAGGAGCGUUACCAGACAUGCUUCAAGGAAUUGCCAGAAAAGGAGCUGGAGAUCGCUGUAAUUUUGAAGUAUUUUAAGGUGUUAGAAAAGUAUGUCGCCGAUUUGCUACCGGAAGCGUACGAGCUGCGGCGAAACAUCGACCAGAUAUGGGCUCAGUAUCAGAUAGAUUUGAAAGCGAUAAAGGAGCGAAUUGAGAACUAUCAGGAUCAGUUCAAGCUGUCGAUGACCGGUGCCGCUGAUGCGCUGAAGGUAGACGCCCUGCAAAUGCUAAAGAUGUUGCAUGAAGAGAUGCCUUUGUCGGACGAUAUGAAUCCAAAUGAAGCAUUCGAAACAAUUGACCGUUUGAUGGUACAAUUGGAACAGCUAGAACGGCGCGAGCGUGAGAUUCAGGAACGAAUGCAGUUACUAGGUGUCCCUUAUGCGCCAUUGGCCGCGCUUCGGGAAAUUCGAUCGAAGCUUGAAAACUUGCGCCAUGUGUGGGUGCUCGUGCAGGAGUGGCGAAUCGCGCGGGAUCGCAUAAUGCCCGAAAUCUAUCGAACAUCAGAUGAAAUCGAGUUGCACAUGCUAUCGGAACACUUCCAGCAAGCGUAUGAUGGGCUAGCGGAAGGGCCUAUCGGAAAUGAAGCUUUCGAUGUGUUUGUGAGCGUUGGAGAAGAAAUUUCCCACUUCCGAGUGACAGUCACGAUCGUUUGCGCGAUGAGAAACUCCUUCAUGCAGGAUCGCCAUUGGGGCAAGGUGAAAGAAAUAGCACAAUGCGAGGAAGUGCCCGGAGAAGAGUGCAGUGUUCUCGAUCUUAGCUUGAUGGGUCUGUACCGGUUCGAGGAAGACCUGCUCGACCUGUGCUAUGCAGCUCGCAAAGAACAUGAGGUUGAGCUAGACCUAGUGGUGGUAGCUGCUAGUGUUCGGUCGGUUGAAUUUAGCACUCUUCGUCAACCUGAAGAGGGUGGAUUUGUGAAGCUGCAUCGUCCAAAGAGCCAUUUCGUUAUGCUGGCGGAUAACAUUGGUAUCAUAAAUCGUCUUCGCCACUCGAUCCAUCGUCACCCGUUCCAAGCACUGAUCGAUUAUUGGGAGCUCACGCUAGGAUUACUGCACGAGAUUCUGGAAUUGCUGGUCCUCACGGAAUCGGAGUGUCGAACGUUGCACGAGCUGUACCGUAUCAGCAGUGGAGUUAAUGGUGGUAGCGGUGCUAGUCGCAAUACUGAAAUGGCCGACUUCAAUGGCGGUUUUCGCGAAUGUUUCGCGCAAUGGUGUGAGAUGAUGCGUUACAUCUCAACGGCUCGACUCGUCGAGGAUGUCUGCCCUGUGGGGCAGGAAUUCAUCGGUGAGCUUGAGACCAUUCGCCAUCGCAUCAAUCAGCAGGCCGAGGCGUUGUGCAUGGUUUUGUACGCACAACGAGUGGCAUCGCCGCGGUUCUACCUUCUUUCAGAUGCUCAGCUUGUCGGCUUGAUUGCUGCACCGCUAAACUACGUCCGACUGCAGCGUUCUCUGCCUGUCUUGUUCGAAAAUGUCAUCCGGUUGGGGAUUGUCGAGGCGGUUAAAUCUGGAGCGAGGACAAUUGGUGGGGUAUACACCCGCGACGGAGAACAUCUUCCGUUCGCAAGUGCUUUGCAAGAGCCAGGACCUGGACCGGGACUUGGCAGUGCCGCCGAAACAAUGAACCAGCUUGAACGAUGCUUACGUGAAACGAUGGAGGAUUUAUUGUCGCAAUGCCACACCGCCCUACGACGAGGAUAUUUCCGACGGGUGGAAUCGGGCUGGCUGCACAGCUGGCCGUUGCAGCUGUGCCUGAAGAGCGCUGAACUGCUGCAUACGCUGCAUACCAGGAAUGCCUUGGUGCAAUGCAGUCUGCUCGGUCACAAGAAACCGCUGAAGAUGUUGCGUUCGUUGCAUGCAAAGCUGCUGAACGAAUUAACGCACUCCGCGCGUUAUGAUGCAGCGAUCGGGACUGAUCGUUGGCAACGCAAGAAGCUAAAUGAUCUGAUGACCGUGGAGUUGAAUGCGCGAGAUUUGAUCGAUCGAUUAUGCCGCAGAUCGGAGCUGCACGGACUCGAGUCCUUCGAGUGGGUGUCACAGCUGCACUCAAGUUGGAAUCCCAGCACCCGGAAGUGCAUCAUGCAACUUCUCCAUGCACACUUUCAGUACGGUUAUGAAUGUAAGCGAUCCUUCGAACCGAUGCUGCUGACACCAGUGAGUGAAAGGGCGCGUUUGGCCAUGGUUUGCGCCAUGAAGGCGCGUCAGGUUCCAUUGCUUGUCGGCACAUCUGGAGCAAACUGCGGCCGUAGGACGAUAUUGUAUAGUUUGGCUUAUUCGCUUGGUGUAUUUUUGCUAACGUUUGAUUGCGAAGCAAGCACGAUGGCAAAGGAUGUUACACGUAUCGUCGAUGGUCUCAUGAUGCUGGGUGGUUGGCUGUUACUCAGCAGCUUUGAGCGUAUGUCCUCAGCAGCCAUUACCCAGAUCAGCGAUUGUGUGAGAGAAAGUCUCGUCAAACCGCGAAAGAUAGUGACGUCGACUAUCAAAGAAUCGAGCCACGUUUUCAACACACGGUUCCAGCUGUUUGCACACGUUGGCUCAAUCACCAAGUCUAUCGGAAAGGCUGCUCCAGCAGGAGCUUCUUUUGACAGGACUCUCUUUCGUCCGGUGACUUUCUCUUCCGCUGAUAGAGUUAAAAUACUCGAAUCAUGGUUGUGGUUGGCUGGAUUUGAUCACAGCAUGAGGAUUGCGCGGCUUAUUCAGUUGUUAAUGCAGCAAGUGAAAUUGAUUGACCAUGGGCUUGUCGAGCAAGGUCUGUUUUCGUUACGCCGUAUAGAACAAAUCAUCGAAAGCUGUCGGUCUUUGCUACUACAAAGCCACGAGGAUCCACCGCUAGAGAAUGAAACGACUUUGCGAAAUUGGGACUUUGAGAAACAAACGUUCUUGUUGGCUUUUUCUCCCUCGGAUCGUCAAAUCGAAAAAAUACUGCUUCUACACCAGACUCUUCUCUCUUCCAAACGUCCUGUACUGGUAACUGGUGAUCCUGGAAUGGGCAAAAGCGCUUGCAUUGAUGUGGCUCUUCGUGUCCUGAAGCCUUUCUACAAACCGCACCGGCUUGUGCCGAACGUGUUGCAUAAACAUGAUCAACCGAGGCUGUUCGAUCGUGAAUGGCUAGACGGCAUAAUCUCUGCAAUUCUGCAGCCCACGACUCCAGACGACCACGCUGGCAAAAAGUGCUUGAUAUUCGACAGUGUGCCAUGUGGCGAGUGGAUCGAUUGCGUCUCUCAUUUGACCAGCUCCGGAAGCUAUAUGAACAGCAACUUCACUUGUCUCACUGCACCGGAUGACCCUGACCAUGACGUGAAAGUGGUGGUUGAAUGCGUUGGCCCCUUGGACACCAUGGCACCCUCGCAAGUGUCGCAUUUCGCCCUGGUUUACGUUGCAAACGGAGAUUUAUGCUGGGAGCACGUGAUCGAAGCUUGGCUGCGGCUCAAACCACAAAACCUACUGCGUGAGAGAUUGAAGGAGCUGGCGGACAAGUACUUGGAUAAACUGCUGUCCUUUCGCCGGGACGUUGACCAACGGACUGUGGCCGUGAGCGAUCUGAGCGUGGUGCGAACGUUCUGCCAGCUUUGCGAUAGUCUGCUCGCACCAUUUAACGCUAGCAAAGUGUUCCGACCGGAAUCGGGUGAAGCAACGUUACAGCGAUGGAACGAGGCACUGCUGAAGGUUUGCUUCUUCUGUGCCGUCUGGGCGAUCGGAGGCUUGCUGGAUGACACAGAUAGCCAGGGAAAAUUCGAUCUGCUGCUGCGAGAGCAGCACCCUGAAGCAGGCUAUCCGCUUAAAGGCAACGUCUACAAGUACUACGUGGAUCUGCCCGAAGGUGUCUGGAGGUCGUGGGAUACCAAGUUACCGCAAAAUCCGAAGCCAGUAGAAAACGCUAAUGGUGUGAGCAUUUAUCGCAGUACGUUUAUCAGAAGCCCCCAAAUGGUCGCGUACGAAUUUCUCGUACAAGCGCUGAUGCGAACCGGGGCACCUGUGAUGCUGGGAAGUACGACAGCCGUUGGUAAGACGGCGCUGAUCGAGGCCAUUCUGUCGCAGUUGGAUUCCUCACGAUACUCAUCGAUGCGUGUCGUCUUGACCCAAAGGACCAUGCCAAUGCAACUACGCGCUCGGCUACGUUGUCAUGCGCUGAAAAUCAUGAAGGAUCGGCUAUAUCCCGAGAAUAGACGAAAGUUGAUUUGCUUUCUGGACGAUUUCCACACAGCCGAGUCGAAUCCCUACGCCAUGAACGAGUUUGUCCGCGGUUUCUGUCAGACUAGCGAAUGGUUUGAAGCGACCACCCCGAUUCGGAUCGAACAAUGUCAGACGGUUUUGGCGCUGCGACUGCACCAGUGUCAUUCACCCGCCUCCGCUGUCAUGCAGAGUCUGCUAAACAAAUGCAGCCUACUGAUCAUGACCCCUCUAAACGACGAACAACUUGGGCGAAUUUUCACCGACAUGAUUCUAUCCGCUUCGGUUGGAUUGAGCAAGCUCGAAUCACUGCUCGAGCAGUUAGGACCCGCAACGGUGGAUUUCGUCACGCGCCUGGCGAAAAUCCUACCACCCACGCCAGCUCGAUUGCGCUACCAAUUCUCGCUGCAGACGAUCGCCACCAUCGUAGGAUCGCUUUGCCACUGCCUACGGCAUGACCACGGGGAUCUCUCGGAAAAGGCAUCCCUGCUGCGUCUCUGGAUACACGAGUGCUACCGGGAAUCGUGGGAUCGGCUGGAACGAGCGGACUACAAAAAGUUCUACGAACGAUUCAACGAAACAGUGUCCACGUACUUUGAGGUGACGCUGCAUGGAUUGUGCCCAAACAACCAGAGCCCAAUCUUCACGAACGUGAUGGGAACCGGGAGUCAGAGCCCGUACGAAGAUGCCCGGGAUGCGAGUCAACUGAUAGCUCGAGCCGAGGCACUGUGGAAUGAGCCAUCGGAUGUUGCCUCACAGAACGUCAUCAUCCACCGAGAAGCCGUAGAACAUUCGAUGAAGGUGUUGCGUAAGGUUCGCCUGGGCCAUGCCGGGAUGAUCUUAAUGGGACACCCGGGUGCUGGUCGAACCGUGGUUUGUCAAGUCGCGGCACGACUUUCUCGGGGCGCUUCAAUCGGCUACCAUCGCAUGAAUGUUAGGACACGGGAUGCACCGGAAGCGAUUGUGCAGGAAUUUUCGAGACUUUUUCAAGUGUGCACGAGACAGCGCACGUUGGCGGUGCUUAAUCUGGAUGACAUCGUGGAUGUGGAACCGAACGAGCGGCUCAUGGAGUUGCUGAGCGGUGUAGUGUCCGGUGAGGAGUUGAGCGUGCUGUUCUGCGAGAAAACACCCGCGAGUGCUGGAGCAAGUCUGGUAGAAGGCACGGACAUCACGAGCACAAUGGACUGGCACAAAGUGCGGGCCAAUUUGCAUCUCGUCUUGUGCCUGCCUUUGGAGACGGCUGCUUUCAGGAUUGUGCUCCAGCGUAACCCCUCGAUGGCCCGCAACCUUACCGUGGACUGCAUGCACGAUUGGCCGGAAGGGACGCUGCUGGAGAUUUCCAAGAAGUACCUGCUCAAGAACGUCCCACUCAACGUGCCCAUCCAAGGAGCUGUGGAGAGUACGGGUGCCGGUGGCUCCGCUAGCAAGGCCCGGAGGAGAGAAAGCCUGGUCCAAAGCACUGAGGAACGGCUUCAGAUCGCGACGCAUGAUUUAUUGUUUCGCAUACAUUAUGCGGUCCAAACCGAGGCGACUUUGUCGAGACCCGCUAAGCGGAAUAUAAUUGCACCCUGUAGUUGGUAUUUCGAGUUGCUCGAUACGUUCGAAAGGGUGUUGCGCGAGAAGCGACUGACACUUCAGGGCCUGCAUCGAAAGUUCCGCGUAGGGAUUGAGCGCAUCGAGAAUGCCACAGUGAAGGUGGCCAAUCUUUCUGAAGAGCUGCAGCAUAGGCAGAGCGAAAUUGCCCUCUUCCAAGUGCAGCUGGACGAGUUCCUCGAGCAGAUAGCGCAGCAAACGCAGGAAGCCGACGAGCAAACCGAGGAGGUGUCGGUAAAACGCGUGAAGAUCGGUGCCGAGGAGGUAGUUUGCAAGCAGUUGGCCGAAAUCGCGGGUGCCGACCUGCAGAGGGCGAUGCCGGCGUUAAACGCAGCCGUUGCGGCACUCGAUUCGCUCAACAAGAAGGACAUGAACGAGAUCAAAUCGUACAGCCGGCCUCCAACGCGGGUCGAGCUUGUGAUGGAGGCGGUUAUGAUUCUGCUCGGGAAGGAACCAACGUGGGCUGAAUCGAAGCGACAACUGGGCGAGCAGAAGUUCCUCGACACGCUUAAAGGCUUCGAUCGGAACAACAUUACAGAACGGACGCUCAAGACCAUUGGAGGAUACGUUCGGAAUCCGGACCUGGAACCCGACAAAGUUGGAACCGUCUCAAAGGCGGCCAAAUCGUUGAUGCUAUGGGUGCGAGCGAUAGAGAACUACGGCAAAGUUUACAAAUACGUUGGUCCAAAAAUUCGCAAAAUGGAAGAUGCAAAUGCGUCCUUACUGGAGAAACAAAACGAACUUGCUGCCGCUGAACGGAAGUUGGUUGAGCUAGCAGAACGGUUGGCGCUCUUGCGUGCUGAGUAUGACGCUAAGAUCGCCGAAAAGCAGCUUCUCGAAGAGGCUGCCCAUCAGAUGGCACUCAAACUGAAGCGAGCAAGGAAGUUGGUGGAUAACCUGGCAGGAGAACGUAUUCGCUGGCUUGCGACCAAAGAGGACCUUGAGGGUAGUUAUGGAAGGAUGAUUGGAGACACGCUAUUGGCGGCAGGUUUUCUAACCUAUCUUGGUCCGGUGGACAUUGAGACGCGUUCUGGGUUUCUCGCCCAGUGGCUGAUCGAUUUGGAAACGCUGGACAUGCCUUUCUCGCAGCACUUCUCGUUAACAUCCUUUUUCUACGAGCCGGGCGUUUUUAUCCGAUGGCACGAAAACGGCCUCCCACCGGACGAUUUUUCCGCGGAAAACGCAACGAUCCUGAUGAACAGCGCACGUGUAGCGUUGAUCGUCGAUCCUCAGCAAGAAGCCCAGCGAUGGUUGCUAGCGGAGCUGGGAACAAACACGCAGCUGUUAGACUUUGAUGAUGAAAUUAUCGAGUCUACAGUGGUGGACACUUUUGAGCAACAUUUGCCUCUGAUGGUGGCCAACAUCAAUCGCGGCAACGUGGGUCAGCUCGAUGAUCUGUUUGCAUUGAGGGAUAUGAUGACGGACACCUGCAGUAGAUGUCAAGAGAAACAUCAAACAGCUCGUCCUUGCAGGGAGCGAAAGCAUACGAUGCAUUUGAUCAGUCGAGAACAAAUCCCGAUUCCAGGCCCUAUGCUGAAGCGGGUUAAUCAGUUGAGCUUCGUGCUAGGCGCCGAGGGAUUGGAAAUGAAAAUGUUAGGGUUGCUGGUGCAGUAUGAAAACCCAUCACUCGAGGAACGAAAGGAACUGCUGCAGCAAACCAUACUGCGCAAUAAAGCAAUACUUGUGGAACUGGAGGAGCGAAUCCUGCGAAUUUUGAACGAGAGUCAGGUGCCGCUGCUGGAAGACGAAGAGCUGUACAGUGUGCUGGAAAGCUCUCGAGCAACGUUUGAAACCGUAUCCGGUGGGUUGCAGCAGGCGGAACAAACUCGCCAGGACAUUCAAGCUUCCCGUGAAGUUUAUCGAUCAUGCGCAACUCGAGCCGCUCUUCUGUUUCUGGUGCUGAGCGAUCUGCAGUUGUUCAAUCCCUUGUACCGCUACUCACUCGACUGGUAUAAGGCGCUGUUCAUGAUGUCCUUGGAACGAAGUGGCCGCGUACAGCAGGUGGCGGAAAGAAGGCGCCGAAUCGACGAUUACCACACCUUCAGCGUGUUUCGCAACGUAUCUCGGGGCCUGUUCGAAAACGAUCGAAAGCUGUUUGGCUUCUACCUUUGCGUGCGGUUGCUGUUCGCUGAUGAGGCUCUGAGUCCACGUGAAUUCCGCUUCCUGGUGUACGGCGCAGGUAAGAUCGACCGUCAGGAGCAGAUGGAGAAUCCCUGCCGUGGUUGGUUAACAGAGCUCCAAUGGGAUCAGGUGACUGAUCUCGAUCGUCUACCGGGUUUUCAUGGGAUCGUGGAAUCAUUUGCCGAGCUACCGAGUGAGUGGCACCAAUGGUAUCUCGCUGCCGUACCAGAAAAGACACCACUGCCGGGAAACUGGGAGAUGAACCUGAAAAAGUUCCAGAAACACCUCGUUGUCCGGUGUUUGCGUAUGGACCGUCUCGAGAGUUGCAUGACAGAUUUCACGAAGGACACUCUGGGGACCAAGUUUGUUACCCUUCCCGUUGGCACGCUGGAGGAUGCCUUCCACGAAUCGGUCCCACAAACACCUAUCCUUCUGCUACUUCGAGGGACUUCAAACCCACUCGCUGGAGUUGAGCGCUUGGCUCGGAAAGUCCACGACCCUAAAAAGGACGGCAAGAAGCACAGAUUCGAGAGCAUAAACAUGACCGAGGGUCGAAUGGAAUCAUUUGUCCAGUUGCUGCAGCGUUGCAUCCUAGAAGAGUUGUGGCUGUUCGUUGGCAACUGCCAUCUUUCCCAGGCGUUCCUCAAGCAGCUGCCACAGGUGCUGGUCUUUAUGAACUGUGUCAACUCCAACUCAAAGUUUCGGCUCUGGCUUAGCUCGCAACCGCACGAGGCGUUACCCGUUUCUGUGUUGCAGAGCUGCAUCAAGAUAGCGUACGAGGAGCCAAAGGGUAUACGACAUCACAUGGCGAAUCUGUACGAAGAAAUUGGUGAGACACAGUUCAAAAAAUCAACAGCGGCCAUGAAACAAGGCGCCAGCGGCAAAACGAGUACCGAGACACACUACAAGAGGCUUCUUUUUGUGAUAGCAUACAUGCACGGGCUGCUUUUGGAGCGCAACAACUUCCAACAACUCGGUUGGAUCGAACCAUGUCAUUUUGUCAACAAUGAUUUCGGCCUGGCAGAAAGACUGCUAACAUACGGACUGGGGAAGUUGCUAGUGAAGAAAGUUCACGACACGAGAGAGCAGCUAAGUAAGGGCGUUGCAGGAAACAUGAAGACCCCUAGCAGGGACGUUAGCCUCGAGGACGAUUUUCAGGGCCUGGGCCUAGCGGAGGAUGAGCAACAGUACGACGUGACGCCUUGGCAGUACAUCAAAGGGGCCGUACUUGAGAUGUGCUAUGGAGCACAAAUCGGCUCCAGCUGGGACCGGCGUAUCUACGAGACGUACAUCGAGCAGCUGUUCCAGCCACAGUUGGUGGCCACUAUGCUAUCGGGAGCAUCAUUCAGCCGCGACCGGUUUUGGUUGCCAAGGGACGGCUCGUACCAGACAUACGUGGAGUUCAUCACCCAACUGCCAGCCCAUGACGGCGUCGACGCGUUUGGCCAGCACGAAAACGCAAACAUUAAAUAUUUGACAUCACGCUCUAGCUACAUGCUGCAGAUGCUCAUCGGUGUGGCGAAGGAUCCGUCAGCGCAAGGACCGCCCCAGCAUCGACCAAUCGGGCAGGACUACGAGCGCACGAAGCAAACAAUCUCGGACCUCUUAUCCGCGCUUCCUGUUUGUCUGGACUACGAGAACGCGGUGCGGAUUGUGGGAGACGGCGCAAACAGGACGCCAGUUUCUGAGGUCUUGCUAGCGGAGAUUCACACCUACAACACCAUGCUCGACCGGGUGCAGUCUGACUGCCACUGUCUGCUCCGAGCGCUAAGAGGCGCGACCAACGAACUGCUGGACGAGGACUCUGGCAAAUGGAGCACGCUUUUUCGAGCGCUACAGACAAACAGGGUGCCCGAGAGCUGGCCAACCAGCGCCGGUGUAAGGACGUGGCGUGGGCAACGCAUUCUGUUGCCACUGUCCGACUGGGUCCUGGAGUUCCGGGAGCGCGUUCAAUACUUCCGGCGUUGGACGGAAACGGGCCAACUUCCGUUCGAGAUUGUGCUGGGACGAUUCACCGAUCCUCAACGCUUCCUGAGCGGUGUCCUUCAGCAUCAUGCACACGUGCACCGAUUGGCGUUCGAAGAGUUACGGUGGGAAUUCACGAUUUACGCCACGGACAAACCGCUGGAGCGCAUUCCGAUCCAUGAAGGAUUUAUCGCACGAGGGCUUACGCUGGAAAACGGUAGCUGGGACUGGGAAAAGCAAACGCUCGCUGUCCCGGCCAUUUUGGAGUUGACCUGUCCGAUGCCUCCGGUGGCUUUCCGACCGGUCAGAGGUGCCAAAGCUGCAACAGGAGAACCCGGUUCACGUUCGACGUACCAAUGUCCGGUUUUCUACAGCCCCCAACGUAGCAAGGACUCGUACAUUCUGACGCUUCCGUUGGCAGUGGACGAAGAACAGGAUGGGCGCGGUUGGACUCAGUACAACACGGCAUUGGUGCUGAACGGCUAG